GAUGGCGGGUUUGACUGUGAGAGACCCUGCGGUGGAUCGUUCUCUGCGUUCGGUGUUCGUGGGCAACAUUCCAUAUGAGGCUACUGAAGAGCAGUUAAAGGACAUCUUUUCUGAGGUUGGACCCGUUGUUAGUUUCAGGUUGGUAUAUGAUAGGGAGACAGGAAAGCCAAAGGGUUAUGGCUUCUGUGAAUACCAAGACCAGGAGACGGCACUUAGUGCCAUGCGAAACCUGAAUGGGCGUGAAUUCAGUGGAAGAGCACUUCGCGUGGACAAUGCUGCCAGUGAAAAGAACAAAGAAGAGCUGAAGAGCCUUGGCACUGGUGCCCCUGUCAUUGAGUCACCUUAUGGAGAGACCAUCAGUCCUGAGGAUGCCCCUGAGUCCAUUAGCAAAGCAGUUGCCAGUCUUCCACCAGAGCAGAUGUUUGAGCUGAUGAAACAAAUGAAGCUCUGUGUCCAGAAUAGUCCUCAGGAAGCACGGAACAUGUUGCUUCAGAACCCUCAACUGGCUUAUGCUUUGCUACAAGCACAGGUAGUGAUGAGAAUUGUGGAUCCAGAGAUUGCCCUGAAAAUUCUGCAUCGUCAGACAAAUAUCCCAACACUGAUUGCAGGCAACCCUCAGCCAGUCCACAGUGCCGGCCCUGGCUCAGGAUCCUCUGUGUCAAUGAGCCAGCAGAAUCCUCAGGCCCCUCAGGCCCAGUCUUUGGGUGGAAUGCAUGUCAACGGUGCACCUCCUCUGAUGCAAGCUUCUAUGCAGGCUGGAGUUCCAGCACCAGGGCAAAUACCAGCAACUGUAACAGGACCUGGCCCUGGUUCCUUAGCUCCUGGAGGUUAUCUGGGACCACCUCAUCAGGGUCCACCCAUGCACCAUGUCCCUGGUCAUGACAGCCGUGGCCCACCCCCACAUGAAAUGAGGGGAGGGCCAUUAGCUGAGCCCAGACCUCUAAUGGCGGAGCCAAGAGGACCCAUGCUAGAUCAGAGGGGUCCACCGUUGGAUGGCAGAGGCGGAAGAGAUCCCCGAGGCAUAGAUACACGAGGAAUGGAGGCACGAGCCAUGGAGGCUAGAGGAUUAGAUGCCAGAGGAUUGGAGGCCCGUGCUAUGGAAGCCCGAGCGAUGGAGGCCCGUGCAAUGGAGGCCCGUGCGAUGGAGGCCCGUGCAAUGGAAGUCAGAGGGAUAGAAGCCAGAAGUAUGGAUACAAGGGGCCCAGUCCCUGGUCCUAGAGGUCCUAUACCUAGUGGAAUCCAAGGUCCCAGUCCAAUUAACAUGGGGGCAGUUGGCCCCCAGGGAUCCAGACAGGUCCCAGUUAUGCAGGGAGCAGGCAUGCAAGGAGCAAACAUUCAGGGUGGAGGUCAGCCUGGGGGCUUUAGUCCUGGCCAGAACCAGGUCACCCCACAGGACCAUGAGAAGGCUGCUUUGAUCAUGCAGGUUCUUCAACUGACUGCAGACCAGAUCGCCAUGCUGCCUCCUGAGCAGAGGCAAAGUAUCCUGAUCUUAAAGGAACAAAUACAGAAAUCCACUGGAGCACCUUGAAAGGUUUUCAAAAAUACCUGGCAACAAAUCUGGAAAUUAAUUCCAUAACUUUGUUGAAAUGUUGCAAAAAGAUGACUUCUGCAU